AUGGCCUUGGUGGGCGCCUGGCCGAGGCGUCCUCGCGCGGGCGGGUCCGUUCUUGGUGCCGUUGGUCGCUUCGCUGGUUCUGACGGAGACUUUGGAGGCUCCGGAAGCGAGUGCGUGGUGCUCUUCGCGGAGGCUGAGAUGCAUGAGAUUGACGUGGAUGAGUCGGAGCCCCAUAUGUUGGUGCCCGCGGAAGCUUCUGCGGAGGAUCGCCUGCGACUGUCGAAGAUGCCGGAUGGCCCGUGGACAUGGACGUGGUGCCUUGCAGGAAGCAGCUACUUCACGACGUGGCCAACAGAAUCACUGACCUGA